AAAUCAAGAGCGGUGUUUAUUCUGCGUUAUGUGCCAAAAAUAAUGGAAACAGUACGUGCGUAUCAAGAAAUGGAGGGGUCGGGGGACGGGGCGCAAAAAAGUAAUGACUGAACAAGAACAGAAGAAAACCGGACGCUAUGGAGUUAGUGUAGGACAGUUAGGCCUUUUCCACCACAGCAUGCUUCGUCUGCAGCUUCCCCCAAGAACCGGCCUAACCCUUCAAUCACUUCCUUCCCCUCCCUCUCUUCCUUGACGAGCACACCAAAGUAAAUGCCGCGCUUAAACUUCUCCAAAAUCCCGAGAACUUCAGUGGAAUGCCUCGACUGCUGCCUUGAUUUCACUGCCCCCCCUCUUCUUUACUGUUGUACAAUUCUCGUCAUGCUUCUCUGGCAGUACUGCCUUUCACCGGGAGGUCCAGAGUUGUCUUUAGAAGCUGCUGUGCCUCCCACAAAAGUAAAAAGCACAAUCUGCGAACAAAGUCCCAGCUUGAUCAUUGUUCCCUUUGCCACCCGGAUAGCAGCUCUAGGCUCCUAUUCCACUGGGCUAAAUCAAACUCACCUCCAAGGGCAAUCUUCGCUCAACAAAAGCUGCUCUGAUGCAGUUAACUGUAAUCUGCUCGAGCCGGCUCCCCUCAAUCAUUAUGGCCACCGCCUCCCAGAACCCAAAGACGUAAUUGCGAGCUUCCAGCAAUAGGAAAGAGCACAUUAACUGCGGCUCUUCGCUCUGAAAAGAUGACCAUACCCUGUUUGCCACGUCAGUAUGGGUAAACUCUCGAUCCUAGCGCCCGGGGUCUGUUUGCAAGAAGGAAGGGGGGGGGGGGGCAAUGGGACAAGCAAAAAAAGUGAUGGGCGGAAAGAUCUAUACGAGUCAUUUCAUGCAAUGCUUUCCUUAUCUGAGCUACUCUGGAAGAACAGAGUACGGAAGAGGUAAAGCCGCCGGGCCGUGAUACUGGUAAGGCAAGGCUUCAGGGAGGGGUGCAGGAGAAUGACAAUCAGCUGAACGCUGCGAGACCCAAAAUAAGAUGCAGGUAUUUUGUGGAAACCAAUCCGAAUUGCUAAUCCAGUAUUUCCCCAAAGUGAAGACCGAGGCAGCUAUAGUCUUGUGACUGAAGCUGCAGCAUAUACACCACCCGGGUGGACGGACAGUUGAAGCGCUAUUGCUGAGCAAGAAAAAACUCGAAACAAAACAAAUCCGGCUGCAGUUCAGGCCAAAUGGAGAGAAAAGGCUGAGAUAAGACCCCGGCGAGCCCGGGUGGCAAGGCUUUAGCUGAGAGAUGGGUGUGGGGCCAGGGAGAUAGAAUGGGGCGAGCGGAACCGGUGUUGGAGGAGAGGGGUUGGUGAGGGGUUUGAAGUGUCUGAUUUUCUUGGUUAUGUUGUGUUGGUGUACUGAUUUGGAGCAAUCGAGGGCACGAUCGUCUUUGAUAGCCGGACCUUUGGCGUAAAAAGAAACCUGCAAUUCAUGCGUUAAGUUUCCCCAAAAGAACCCUAGUCCUGGCAAAGGUCAAUCCCAAGGUGCCUCCUCUGUAUCCCUGUUGGUAUAUCUCGUGCCACUGACUGAGCGGAAAUCCGUGUCAUCCUCGUAAAUAACUACCAUUCAGCAAGCACUCAAUGCAUUGUCCCCACACUAUCUGCAACCUCGUCCCGCUCAUCACAUACACGUGAUGAGAAGAGCAAGCUUGAAACCCAAUCUAUGAGCUUCUGCGAACAGGGAUGGCGAGCAGGAGUAAUGAGAAACGACAACACCGCGGAGCAUCUGAUUUAGUAGGGCAGGGCGAGUGAGACAGGGUGAGGACAGGGCCAGGAGGUGCAUGGUUUAGCGUCUCCGUGAGGGGUUAAACGGAGAGAGGGGAGAUAGUUGGCGGAGCGAUCGAAUAGGAGGACGAGUUUCUGUUUCUGGGGGACAAAGGGUGAAAGUGAAGGCGAGACGCCUU